AUGAGCAACCGGCUCGCUUCGGAACAUGGUAUGCGCCUGUCUAGUGAUCGGGGGUGGGUGUACAAUGACGAGGCUGCUCAACAAAGGAGUAACAACGGCCGUGUAGAUACACUGACUCGGAUGGACACGGUCAGGCGCCCGGUGCGGCCACGGCAGAUGAACAGCUACAACAACAGCAACUGGAACAGCACAGACGGGGGGGGCACUGUGGGCCCUAUGUACUUUGACCCAAACCUGCAGAAGUGGAGGAGUCACAGAGAGUCUGAUGAGGAGCUUUUGGAUCUCCCGUCAGACAACGCCAGCCAGUCCACGAUAAAUCAGUCUUUUGAUGGCGAACAGCAUCUAGCAAGAGAUACUGGGUAUAGGAGUCGUCCGCUUUUGCAGGAUGGUGCUGGCAGCUACGGGCGCCGAUACGGCAGUCCACAGAGUUCGCAAGCAUCAGGACUGUCCCCGUCGAAUAGUCAACUCUACCACGAGCUGAACCAGGUCAUGUCUCCGGGAAGUGACAGUGCCGGGAACAACGGAUCCCCUCAGAGAUACUAUGCAGAAAACUCGGACGGCGUAGGCAUCUACGACGACGAUGGCACAGACAUCGAUGCCGAUCACGAGAGCUACCGCUACAAUCCGCGACACGCCAAGGACUACCCACCAUCAUACAGCACAUACGCGAGUGACCAACGACACCACACACACGCACACGUGCACGCGGAAGCCCGGGCAGCCGAAGAGGACGAAGCGCAUGCACGCAGAUACGACCAGUCACAGGCACAGGUGGAUGAGCAGGUACAGGCACGGAUGCGCCGCAGUGCGAGGACUAAGGCGCGGGAGAGCACGUUUGAGCUGGGUGAUACCACACAUAAUAACACACAGCACACAGAGGUGUACCAUAACCACAAUAGCAACGGCAGUGGGAGCGGCAGCGACCGCUCGUUUGCGUCGGUGCAGUCGCAGAGUGGACAGUUAACCAGGAAAGCGGUGGGAUACGGACACGCCUACAGAGGGGCUCAAGCACGGGGACCUGUGGCACCAACACACCCGCAGAUUGCGGCACCUAGAUCACGCACCUAUAAUCCCAGAAAUACCUACCUGAUGGACAAUAGGCGGCGGGAGGGAGGGGAGGCGGACUACGCGAAUACGAUCGAGAAUGGAGUCCAGGGCUACUACGGCGACAUAAACAAUGCCACGGAGGUCGAGCGUGUGGGAGGGGAUAUGGGGUACCAAAGCUGGCCGGCGCACAACUACACACAGGCUGAGAGGUAUCGAUCUGAGGGUAAUCACCACAGUCACAGACGAGGCAGUGGGCGGGAGGAUAGUGGCGACAGCCUCGACCUAGCCAGGGGGACCAACCACCUCGUGGACUACCGUAAUCCGAAACAUCCGAAAGUACAAGGUAUGCCCCUUCAGACACGUGGAAAGGCUGUAUUGAAUGCUAUUGGAAUUGUUCUACGAGUUUGUGUGUGUAUCUCUCUUACCACCAGUAGAAGGUAUGUCGCUUCAAAUACGCAGAAGGACGGUAUUGAAUGUGAUGUGGGGUCUGGGGUCGUGCAAAUAUUGCCACGAGCUAGUGUGCAUUCGCGAUGCCACCAAUAG